CUUUCUUUACCUUUUUAUUCAAAUAUGGCUCCCCUCGGUACUAUCAAGUCCUACCCCACCAACCCUCGUGUUGCUAAGGCUCUUAUUGCUGCUGAAUACACCGGUGUUGAAAUCAACACUGAAGCUUUCGACUUUGCUAAGGAUAAGACUCCUGAAUUCUUGAACAAGUUCCCCUUGGGUAAGAUCCCCACUUUUGAAUCUGCUGAGGUCAACAUCUUUGAGUCUUCUGCUAUUGCUUACUAUGCUGCUGCUCAAAAGGAAAACAACCCUCUUCUCGGUACCACUGCUGCUGAAAAGGCCCUUGUCCUUCAAUGGAUCCUUUUCUCUGAAAACGAAAUUGCUGCUAACCUCGGUACUUGGGUCUACCCUCUCUUGGGUUACUUCCCUUACAUGAAGCCUAACGUUGACAGUGGUAUUGAAAAGGUCAAGAGAGCUUUGGGUGCUCUCAACAAGAUUCUCGAAACCAAGACUUACCUCGUUGGUGAAUCUGUCACUCUUGCUGAUAUUGCUGUUGCUGCUUCUCUUGUUUUGGGUUUCGUAAAUGUCUUUGACAAGGCUUUCCGUGCUGAAUUCAAGAACGUCACUCGUUACUACACCACCCUUGUUGCUAAGGCUCCAUUCGCCAAGCACCUCGGUGACAUCAAGCUCUGUGAAACUCCCUUGAAGUACACUCCCCCCAAGAAGGAAAAGAAGCCUGCUGCUCCUAAGGAAGCUGCUCCCAAGAAGGAAGCCAAGCCUGCUGCUGCUGUUGAAGAAGAACCCAAGCCUGCUCCUAAGCCUAAGUCCAAGUUGGAUUUGUUGCCUCCUUCUCCUUUCGUUAUGGAUGCCUGGAAGCGUGAAUACUCCAACAACGAUACUAAGGAUGCCAUCAAGUGGUUCUGGGAACACUUUGACCCUGAGGGUUACUCUAUCUGGAAGGUUGACUACAAGUACAACGAUGAAUUGACCUUGACUUUCAUGUCCAACAACUUGAUCGGUGGUUUCUAUGCUCGUCUUGAACGUGCUCACAAGUACGCUUUCGGUUCCAUGAUUGUUCGUGGUGAAAACAACAACAACAGCAUCUCUGGUUACUUUGUUAUCCGUGGUCAAGAAGUUCCUUAUGAAAUCUACGAUGCUGCUGACUACGAAUCUUACAACUUCCAAAAGAUUGAACCUGCUCAAUAUGAAGAAAAGAAGGAAGAAUUCUACAAGUAUCUUGCUUGGGACUUUGAAGACUGUGUUGAUGGUAAGGUCUUUAAAUAAAUAAAGC